CACUACUACUGGAACUCGUAUCAAUCCUAGCCAAGGCAUCGUACGCGUUCAGAUUCAAUUCAAAAUCAUUUUUAAAUUGUAUCGUCACUCGACUGUUGCCAAAGACCAUUUCAGGUGCUUUUUUACUUGAAAUAAUCCAAUCGUUCAAUUGAAUGCCUUGGGUCAAGCCUUCUCUUACAGUACCCGUCUUGAUAUAUUCAGGCAUCAUGCUUCUGCUCGAUUCACUCAUGGGCUUGUUGUUUGUCUUGAAGAAAGAGAAAGACGGGAAAAAAUCAGUUUCCAAGUCAAUGCCUUUUGGACAAGUCAUUGUUGGACCACCAGGUUCUGGCAAGACAACCUAUUGUUGGGGUGCUUACCAGUACCUAACAGCCAUGGGAAGAAAAGUAGCCAUUGUCAAUUUGGAUCCAGCGAAUGAAAAUAUACCUUAUCCUUGUGCUAUCAACAUUGCUAAUCUCAUUACUUUGGAAGACACCAUGAAUGAACUCACCCUAGGCCCCAACGGCGGCAUCAUGUUUUGCAUUGAAUAUUUACUUGAAAAUAUGGAUUGGCUCACAGACCAACUAAAAGAGUUGAAUGACCACUACAUUCUUUUUGAUUUUCCUGGGCAAGUCGAACUGUUUACGCAUCACACAGCUGUCAAAGACAUUCUCCAUCACCUCGAAAAGCUGAAUUAUCGACUCGUGGCAGUCAAUAUGGUGGAUGCGCAUUACUGCACUGACCCUGCCAAAUACAUUUCCGUCUUAUUACUCGCUUUAAAAACCAUGAUCCAGCUUGAAUUACCCCACGUCAAUGUCUUGUCCAAAGUCGAUCUCAUUGAAUCCUAUGGCAAACUACGAUUCAACCUGCAAUAUUAUACAGAAGUCAUGGAUCUGUCCUAUCUGUUAGAGUCGCUGAAUGAGGACGCUUUUGGAUCCAAAUAUAAAAAGUUGAAUGAAGCAUUGUGCGAACUGAUUGAAGAUUUCUCACUGGUUGGAUUUUAUACCCUUUGCGUUGAAGAAAAAGAGUCCAUGACGCGAUUGCAACAAGUGAUUGAUAAAGCAGGAGGUUUUAUUUUUGGUGGAUUGACAGAAGGCAAUGAAUCCAUCCUGUUGACAGCCAAUAAAGCGGGUUUUCAUGAAGACGUAAGCGACGUUCAAGAGCGAUGGAUAAAGCAUGAUGAUGACGAUGAUGUUGAUUUGGACGGCUAAGUGAGGAGCAUCCUAUUCUCACGUGUAUAAACUAUUUUUUCCUGUAUAUAAAAAAUAAAACGGCUCAUUCACUCUUACAAGAGUUUCUCUUAUUGUGAAUGAAAGAAAAGUAAGACGUAUGUCCAACCUACAAUAGGAGGUAACAAA